AUGGAAGAAGAUAACCAACACAUUAGAUUGGAACUAGACACGUUGAAGCACAAGCUACAGGAAAGUGCAGCAGACCUAGAUGCAGACGACUCGAUACAAGUGGUCUUAACCGCACUUUCCUUCCACAUAAAGAAAUCCCUCAAGAAAGUCCCCAGAAAAAAGCGUACUGAAGUUAAAGCAUUAGUGGACGCUUUUCUGCAGGAAAAUAUACCCCCGAUCUUCAGCAGAAUAGCCCAAGCACACUGUGCAAUAAGCACAGAAGAACUGGAAAUCAUCGCAAAAGAAGUCAUAGCAGAGCUUCCCUCCGAACUCUCGCAAGAACUCUCCGUCUUAUGCGACGAAAUAGACGCGUUCACUAUCAACCAGAGGAUUCUAUUCGAGCAAUACGUCCAGAGGAUUCUCUCCAAAAUGAGAAAAAUACUUACACUUUUAGAAGGAAUCUACGAUAUGGCUGUUUUCCACGGCAGGGAAAUAAACAAGAAAGAAGCAAUGGAGAAGUUCGAGAACCACAUGUUCAGCCCGUGGAAUACCAAAGAAGUAACUAAUUUAAUACAGUUCAAGCGGACUCUAUGGGGUCUUUUUGCCUGGCAGAAGAAAAGCCAAUUCUCUCUAUAUAGUACUGUGGAGGAAAAAGAAAAAAUGCGUAGUACAGAAAUCAUUUUAAAUGUGGAAGAAUAUAUUUCAGAAUCUAUUCUUGAGAGAAUUAAAGCGUACUUCUGCGAUGUCGAUUAUAAUCCUAGCAUAUACUUUUACCUGAGAAAAAUAGUGGAAGAAAACAACGGCGAGUAUAUAACCCCAGAGGAUGUGGAGUUCUUGCAGGACGACUACAAGGAAAACAUCAAGAAAAAGUGCUCUAUUGAGAAAGUACGGAAGAAGAUAGAAUCUGCUGAAGCAGAGUGUUUAUCUGAGGGAGAGCAAAGGUUUGAACGUGCGGAGAGGAUGAAGGACGAGCUUGAAAGGACAUUUCAGGAGGCACACGAGCAUCUUGAAGGUGUACUGACGUGUGAUUUAGUCCCGAGGGUCGAAAGACUGCUUGUGGACGUGGAAAAGAAGGUGAAAAAUUUGCAAGAACCUGAAAAAACGGAAAUGGAAGAGUUCAGGGAUGGGCUGAAGGGGGUUAUCUCUCAGAUAAAACAGCUUCAGGAGUCUUCCCUCGAGAUUUUAGACGAAUUUGCCGAAAGUCUGAACGUGGAUUCCUUUCUGGAGGAGCUGUCUGGUCCGUCGGUGAGAAAAAAGCUAGAGUAUUUUAGCGAAUCUUUUGAAAGAAUUCAGGCGAAAUUUCCAAAUGCAGAAAUACAUUUGGGCUACAGAAAAAGUUUGCAGAACCUGAUAAGGUGCCUAGUGAAAGAAAACAUCCAAAAAAACAAGAUAAGCAUCGAGAUAAAGAUAGCAAAAAGAUGUUUGGAGUGGAUGAAGGAAGAAAAUGGCAGCGAGACCAGUGAAGCCCACAACCUCAGGGUUUCGGCGUAUAAAAAAUUUGAAGAAGAAAAUCCGUUACCUGAUUUUCCAGAGCAUAUGAAGGAUAUCUCGUACGAAGGCUUGUUAGCUGGAGCCAUCCCCCUGGAAAUCAAGUAUAUACUUCCAGAUAUAAAAGAUAAAGUGAGGGUCUUAAGUGGUGAUACAGCGCCUAUUAUUCCAGACUUGCAAGAAAUGCUACUGGAAUUUGAGAGGCACAUACGGAAUCUCAAACUAAGGCUGGCCUUUUUUGCGACUUCAACCGAAGAACAGGCGCAGAGGGAGGAAUGUCUUCGUUACUUGUACCUGAAGAAGUUCAUAGAGGAUAGUUCUGGGCGCAUAGACGUGCUUGAAAAGAGCGUUGAUUCGGAACUGGUCUCCCUGGCCUGGGAAGUUAUGAGAGAAAUUGAAGAAAUCCCGAAUAACCCGUUCAAUGAAAAAGUGGAAAAAAUGUUCGAGGAAAUAGUUCAGAGGGAGCCGCAGCGUCUGCUAACUGUUGAGUUUAUGGUAAAAGAUGAACAGUUUUGGGAGGAAUUGCCAAAAGUGAUAAGCCAGCUCGACAAAGAGAUAGCUGAAGUUCUGAAGAAAGACUCGGGUGGAACAGGAAGGCGCAUGAGUAUGCUCCAGAAGAUCCUUUUCAACUGUCUAUCCGUCACUAUGAUUGUAACUCUGGGGAUGGCGGCGUACAAUUCGGGAACUGCCUAA